UGUCUCGAUCUUCUUCUUUAGAACUCUCUUUCCCUGUCCUAAGAUGAGGGAUCAAAUAAUUAUAGAAGAAAGAAGGAAGAUAACAUAUAUAGGUCAUGAAGCUGCCUAGAAAGCCCUAAUUCCUAAUAAUUCUCUCUAACUAGUGUAUAUAUAUCUGUAUUGACAUUUCUUCAGUGUUGAUCUUCUUACUACUUUUCAGCUCAAAAUUUCAAACCCUGACCUAGAGAGAUUGAAGAAAACCUAGUACGAAAGAUGGAGGGCAGUGGCGGCACUGAAUGUGCUAAGACAAGCCUUUCUGACCAAAAUGAAGAUGAGGAUGAGAGUGACCAGAACAACGAUGCAUGCCCUCCUAAAGAUGGAGCAAGCUCAAGCAACAGCACAGUGGAAGAGACCGAGAAGAAGGCAUCAGUGAGGCCUUAUGUUCGAUCUAAGAUGCCCAGACUCCGCUGGACGCCUGAUCUCCAUCUUCGAUUUGUCCAUGCUGUAGAGAAGCUUGGUGGACAAGACAGAGCAACACCCAAAUUGGUUCUUCAAAUGAUGGGCAUCAAAGGACUUAACAUAGCUCAUGUCAAGAGUCAUUUACAGAUGUAUAGAAGCAAGAAGAUCGAUGACCCUGCUCAAGCUGAUCAUAGGCAUCUUGUGGAAGGUGGAGACCGAAAUAUCUACAACCUGAGCCAACUCCCUAUGCUCCAAGGUUUUAACCUAAAGCAUGAUUCAAGUUCAAGAUAUGGAGAUACUUGUUGGAGUGGCCUUGAACACUGGAUGCAUAACCCUUCUAUAGGCCGGGGUAUGAACGACAUCAAAGACGGUCCACGAUUUUAUGGUUCAAUUGCAGAGAGGAUCUUUGGGAGAAACUAUAGGAACUCUUCUGAUCAAUAUCUUCAUAUGGGUAUUUCCCCUUUGAAUCACGAACAAUACACUUGGAGAACCCAUGAAUUGAGAGAUGACUUUCGAUCAUUUCAUGAUUGUGAGUCUUGGCGAGGAAAAUCCAUACCAAGCCAUGUGGAUCUCAACCCCUUAACUCAAUUGCAGGAACAAGCUCGAGAGGGAACUAAUCUUUUGGGCACCAGAAACUGUACUGAUUUGAACAAAACGACGAGUCUUUCAGACCGGACCACACUGAAAAGGAAGGCUUCAGACUGCAACCUGGAUUUGAAGCUAUCUCUUGGGCUAACGCAAAGGAAUGAUGAGAGGAGGAAAGGUUUAGAGGAGGAUGAAGAAGAUGAGAGUAAGUUGUCAUUGUCCUUGUGCUCACCAUCUUCCUCAAAGCUAAGCAGGUUGAAGGAAGGAGACACUAGUAAGGAAGAUGCAAGAAGGGUAAGUACUCUGGAUCUGACUUUAUGAAUGAGACAAUUCUAAGUGAGAUCUUGAGGUACUUGUUGCAGAAAAUGCAUUUUCUAGAUUGUCUUGUACCAUCAUAUAUACAAGGUAUUAGCCAGCACGUACUUAUCUUGUUUUGA